AUGACCUCCAAGAAGCUAGUGAACUCAGUGGCAGGCUGUGCCGACGACGCCCUUGCCGGCCUAGUGGCCUGCAACCCCAGCCUGCAGCUACUGCAGGGCCACCGCGUGGCCCUCCGUUCGGACCUGGACAGCCUCAAGGGCCGGGUGGCUCUGCUGUCGGGUGGGGGCUCUGGCCAUGAGCCCGCCCAUGCCGGUUUCAUUGGGAAGGGGAUGCUGACUGGGGUCAUCGCGGGAGCCGUAUUCACCUCCCCGGCAGUGGGCAGCAUCCUGGCAGCCAUUAGGGCCGUGGCCCAGGCGGGCACAGUGGGGACCCUCCUCAUCGUGAAGAACUACACUGGGGACCGGCUCAACUUCGGCCUGGCCCGGGAGCAGGCCCGGGCGGAGGGCAUUCCUGUGGAGAUGGUGGUUGUCGGGGACGACAGUGCCUUCACCGUCCUGAAGAAGGCAGGCCGACGCGGGCUCUGUGGCACAGUGCUCAUACACAAGGUGGCGGGUGCUCUGGCCGAGGCAGGUGUGGGACUGGAGGAGAUCACAGAUCGGGUGAGCAUGGUCACCAAGGCCAUGGGAACCCUGGGAGUGAGCUUGUCCUCCUGCAGCGUCCCUGGUUCCAAACCCACUUUUGAGCUCUCAGCUGAUGAGAUGGAGCUGGGCCUGGGGAUCCACGGGGAGGCUGGCGUGCGCCGGAUAAAGAUGGCGACCGCUGACGAGAUUGUGGCACUCAUGCUGGACCACAUGACGAGCUCCUCCAACGUGUCCCAUGUGCCUGUGCAGUCCGGCUCCUCAGUAGUGUUGAUGGUCAACAACCUGGGUGGCCUGUCAUUCCUGGAACUGGGCAUCAUAGCCGACGCCACCGUCCGCUCUCUGGAGGGCCGCGGGGUGAAGAUUGCCCGUGCCCUCGUGGGCACCUUCAUGUCAGCCCUGGAGAUGCCUGGCAUUUCUCUCACCCUCCUGCUGGUGGAUGAGCCCCUCCUGAAACUGAUAGAUGCUGAAACCACGGCUUCGGCCUGGCCUAACGUGGCCAAGGUCUGGGUGACUGGGCGGAAGCGGAGCCGGACCGCCCCCACGGAACCCCUGGCAGCCCCUGACUCCACUACUGCAGCAGGUGCAGCCUCGAAGCAGAUGGUACUUGUGCUGGAGCGGGUGUGCACCACCCUCCUGGGCCUGGAGGAAUAUCUGAACGCCCUGGACCGCGCUGCCGGUGACGGGGACUGUGGCACCACUCACAGCUGUGCAGCCAGAGCAAUUCAGGGGUGGCUAAAGGAGGGCCCACCCCCAGCCAGCCCUGCCCAGCUACUCUCCAAACUGUCCUUCCUGCUACUGGAGAAGAUGGGAGGCUCCUCAGGGGCGCUCUAUGGCCUGUUCCUGACUGCAGCAGCCCAGCCACUCAAGGCCAAGACUGACCUCCCAGCCUGGUCUGCUGCCAUGGAUGCCGGUCUGGAGGCCAUGCAGAAGUAUGGAAAGGCUGCCCCAGGGGACAGGACUAUGCUGGAUUCUCUGUGGGCAGCAGGACAGGAGCUCCAAGCCUGGAAGAGCCCAGGGGCCAAUCUGCUCCAGAUUCUGACCAAGGCUGUCAAGAGUGCUGAAGCUGCAGCCGAGGCCACCAAGAGCAUGGAAGCUGGAGCUGGAAGAGCCAGUUACAUCAGCUCUGCGCGCCUGGAUCAGCCAGACCCUGGGGCAGUGGCAGCCGCGGCCAUUCUGCGUGCCAUCCUGGAGGUCUUGCAGAGUCAGGGUGCGUGA